CAGCCCACCCUGCCCGCUGCGUGCCGGGCACGAGGCAAGCGGAAGGGUUUUGGAGUUUCCUCUCAGGUCUCCCCCCAGGGUACACAGCAGCGACUCACGCACCAUGGGACAGACGGGCACGGACUUCAAAGGGUCGCGUUCCACGGGACAAAAUGGUCACGGGGAAGUGACUCUUCCUGCGAGCCAGUCAGUGGGGGCAGCACCAGGCAGCAAUGCGGUGCGCGGAGUAACGCAGCAGGAAGGCUGGCCAUCCCACGGUGACAGGGAGCUCUGCCUCACCGUGCCGCUACCAUGGGAAUGCAGUAACCUGCAUCCGGGCAGCAGCAUCACCCUCAGCCCCAGGAAGGAGCCCGGCGCUGGCUGGCCCCAGGAGAGGGAGCUGAAGUCCUCUGCUCGGAGGACGCCCAUCACCUGCUCCCUCCUGCCCAGGAGGAACGCAGUGCUUCCCGCACCUCUUGCUCAGGCAGGAGGAACGCCAGCAGCCGCUUGUGUCCCCAGAGAGCAGAGAAAUGGGGCUGAUGGUGGGAACGGAGCACUGCGGGUGACAAACUACCCCAAAGAGCAGCAGUCUGCGCCCGGCUCUGUCCGGCUCCGGGCAAGAACGAGCCAUAGCAAGAUAUUCCCUUCAGGAAGCUCAGCUACUCACUGCUCUCUAAGCAAGCAGUUCUGGCCUGAAGAGCAGCUUUGUCUUGAAAGGAUUGAGCCCUGAAUCUUGAAGUAAAGGACUGAGCUGUCCUCAGCUGGAUUCUGCCUCAGUCUGGUGCUCCUCACAACAUAUGCUUGUUGUGUUUGGACUACUGCCUCUGCACUGACUGCUUCAGUCAAUCUCAGCUCCAGGUUGCUAUUAUAGCAACGACACAUUAACCAACCCUUGUUCUGAAUAUAGCCUUGCCAGGGGUGGAUCAUUAAAUCUAAGUUGCUUUUA